AUGGAGCUGCUCCUCAUCCUGCUGCUCCUGCAGGUUACUGCUGCCAACAGUUUUUCUCGUGAAAUUGAAAAUUCCAGUUUAAGACAAGCCACCCGAGGGAAGAGCACUCAGUGGGUGGGUUCUUACGAGCUGGACAGUCUGCGUCCUCUCCAGCGCACAAAAAGGACCUGGGUUAUCACCACCAUUGAUGUUCAAGAGGAGGACAAAGGACCAUUCCCCAAAUACGCUGGACAGCUAUUCAAUAAAAAAUCAUUCAAUACAUCACUAAAAUAUUUAAUCAGUGGACCUGGGGUAGAUGAACCUCCAGAGGUUGGAUUGUUUUCCAUAGAAGAUGAUGUGAAUGGACACGUGUACGUACAUCGCACCAUCGACAGGGAGAAGACCCCAACUUUUCUGAUACGUUUCGAUAUUGAGGACAGAGAAACUGGGGAGCCACUGGACCGCCCUUUAUAUUUCAAGAUAAAGGUCAAAGAUAUUAAUGACAAUGCACCUGAGUUUUGCAAGGAGGAAUAUAGCAUUACAAUAGGAGAGGACCACAGGAAAGAUGAGCCAGUUUUCCAAGUCACAGCCUUGGACAAAGACGAAGUCGGCACUGCGAAUUCCCAGGUGUCCUAUUCUAUAAGUAUGCAAAUGCCCACUGCAGAUGGAUUCACAUUUGAUAUUGAUCCUACCACAGGAUCAAUACUUCUGUCAAGAUGCCUGGAUUAUCAGACUGCCAACUCUUUCAAACUUUUGGUUAAAGCCAGUGACCAGGGAAGUCCCCAGCUGUCAUCUACUGCAACAGUGAAUGUAGCUGUUGAAGAUGCAAACAACCACCUCCCUGUGUUUGCUAGUGACAGUUAUCAGCUACAGGUUUCAGCAGGACAAGAACAUCCAGCUGUAUUACGGCUCCAAGUGCAAGAUAAAGACUCUCCCAACACUCCAGCUUGGAGAGCAAAAUACAGAGUAGCAAAGGGCAAUGAGAAGGAGCAGUUUGCCAUUGAGACAGAUCCAGACACAAAUGAGGGCAUUUUGAGUAUUAUCAAGCCUCUCAACUAUGAAAGCGACUCUGAGAUGAGACUUGUCAUUUCUGUGGCAAAUGAAGAACCUUUCUUCUUGUGUAAAAAUGGCAUUGUGAUGACCUCAGACCUAGAAUCCACCAACACAACAGUGAACAUCAAGGUCAUACAGUCACAACGUGCUCCUAAGUUCCAUCCUCCGCUACUUAUUGUCCAAAAAGAAGAUUCAAUGAAGCCUGGGAGGGUAUUUAGAAAGUAUCCUGCCACAUAUCCAGAUGAUGUGCCAAGUAAGAUAAAAUAUGACCUAGCCCAUGACCCAGAUGGUUGGCUGAGAGUGGAUGAGGAUUCUGGAGUUCUUACUGUGGCAAAAGACUUUGAUGAAGCAUCCCCUUUUGUGAACAACAGCCUGUACACCAUUAUUGUUCAAGCUACUGCUCAGGGCUCUCCACCACAGACUGGCACUGGCACAAUCCUGCUUUACUUGUCUGACAUUAAUGACCGUAUGCCAUCAUUACUGGCUCCCUCUUUGGAUGUGUGUGACAAAGAAAAAAGGACAGCUCUCAUUGUACAAGCUAAACCUGCUCUGGUUCAUGGACUUUGGGGGCCGUUUACAUUUGAGCUGGAUGAGGACUCAGAAGAUGUGAAGCGUAACUGGACUUUAGGAAGGAACUUUGGGCAGUCAGUUGAACUUCUGAUGUUAAGAAGCCUCCCACAAGGCAGCUACUCGGUGCCCAUCAUUGUUCAGGACAGGCAAGGAUUUUCUACAAGGCAGAAGCAGCACAUUAGGCUCUGCUUUUGUCCAGAUGGACAUACAUGUAGAGAUUCCCCAGUUCCACAAGCAGUGAUGGGGCUUGGAGGCAGUGCCAUUGGAAUAAUACUGAUGGCUUCCUUAUUAAUACCGGCCGUUUCCAACAUUCUACUUUGCCGGUGUCUCGUGUCAAGGUCUAAAAGCAAAGCCAUUGUUCCACCUCAGGAAGGUGAACAGACUUUAAUCAGCUAUAAUGAAGAGAGCAGAAGUUCUUUUUCUGAGAACUGCCUUUUCACUGAUUACAAGACAUUGCAAGCAAGACACCUGGAUUACCUCAUACAGAGAGUGGAAAAAACCCUGGGUCAGAAACUGUAUCACCAAACCACACUAGAAGAUUCCAGGGACGUUGAUGAACCUCGCAGAUACUCUGAGGAAGGAGAACUAGAGCAAAGUGACUCCCCCUGCUCUGUCUCCAUUGUCAGUGAAGACCUGCCUGUUGAUUUUUUGAACACUCUGGGACCAAGGUUUUCUGCUCUGGAAGAAAUCUGUCAGAAGAGACCUACAUAAUUCAAUUAAUUUCAGAAUAAU